CCACCCACCCACCCCGGGAGCCCGCAUGGCCAAGAAGUAACCGGGCUCGGCUCAGCCAUCGCGGAGGAGGAAGGGGCUUGGAAGAUCCUGUGGCCCCCAACGACUCAAGAAGGAUGCUGCUUCCGUGGGGGCAGCUGAGGGUCUCCUCCUCCUUUCUUACCAAAAUCUUGGUCGUCGGGGUCUUUUGCGCUGGGAAUAUCUCCUGGGUUGGUGCCAAUGAAGUUGAUCCGGAAGUGAACGGCACCUGCGAAGGCUAUACGAAAUGUCAACCUGGAGUCCUCCUCCCGGUUUGGCAACCAGACAACCCUUCUUUUGGAGACAAAGCUGCCCGGGCCAUUGUCUACUUUGUGGCCAUGAUGUACAUGUUCUUGGGGGUCUCUAUCGUCGCGGACCGCUUCAUGGCCUCCAUCGAAGUCAUCACUUCCAAAGAGAAGGAGAUCACCAUCACCAAAGCCAACGGGGAGACCAGCAUUGGCACCGUGAGAAUCUGGAACGAGACGGUCUCCAACCUCACCCUCAUGGCCUUGGGUUCCUCAGCUCCUGAAAUCCUCCUGUCCGUCAUCGAAGUCUGCGGCCAUAACUUCCAGGCAGGAGAACUGGGUCCCGGCACGAUUGUGGGCAGUGCGGCCUUCAACAUGUUCAUGGUCAUCGCCGUCUGCGUCUACGUCAUCCCCACCGGCGAGAGCCGCAAGAUCAAGCACUUGAGGGUCUUCUUUGUCACCGCUUCCUGGAGCAUCUUCGCCUACAUCUGGUUGUACCUGAUCUUGGCAGUCUUCUCACCGGGGAUCGUCCAAGUAUGGGAGGCCCUGUUGACCCUGGUCUUCUUCCCAGUCUGUGUUGUCUUCGCCUGGAUAGCUGACAAACGGCUGUUGUUCUACAAGUAUGUCUACAAGAGGUAUAGGGCAGACCCACGCAGCGGGAUCAUCAUUGGGACUGAGGGGGAGUUCCCCAAAGGCAUCGAGAUGGACGGAGGAUUCGUGGCCAACGACCACCGAGAGAGCGUCUUCGUGGAUGGCAGCGCGGCAUCCGUAGCUCCCCUUCCCGUCAUCACCCAGGAGGAGAAAGAGUUGGACGAGAGUCGCAAAGAAGUCAUCCAGAUCCUCAAAGACCUCAAGCAGAAACACCCCGAUAAAGAGCUGGAACAGCUGGUAGAGAUUGCCAACUACUACGCUCUACUGCAUCAACAGAAGAGCCGGGCUUUCUACCGCAUCCAGGCAACACGCAUGAUGACCGGAGCAGGCAACAUCCUCAAGAAGCAUGUCACAGAAUUCUCCAAGAAGUCCACCAACCUUCUGGAGGUGCCUUCAGAAGCCGAGGUGGAGGAGAACUACAGCAAGAUCUUCUUUGAGCCAUUCAUGUACCACUGCUUGGAGAACUGCGGCUCGGUCACGUUGACCGUGUCUUGUCAACAAGGGGGAGAAAGUUACAACACGUUCUAUGUAGACUACAAGACCGAGGAUGGUUCAGCCAAAGCAGGUUCCGAUUACGAGUACAGUGAGGGCACCCUGAUCUUCAAACCCGGCGAGACCCAGAAGGAGCUGAAGAUCGGCAUCAUUGAUGACGACAUCUUUGAAGAAGAUGAACAUUUUUUCGUCCGGCUUCUGAACUUGCGGGUGGGCGAUGCGGAAGGCAUGUUCGAGUCAGACUCUGCUGAGCACCCCAAGGGACGCUUGGUGGCCCCACUGGUGGCCACCGUGACUAUUCUGGACGAUGACCAUGCUGGCAUUUUUGGAUUCCAGGACAAACUGUUAAGGGUCAGUGAGUGCCAAGGGACUCUGGAGGUCAAAGUCACUCGGAGCUCAGGGGCCCGAGGGACUGUGAUGGUCCCCUACCAGACGGUGGAGGGAACUGCUCAAGGAGGUGGUAUGGACUAUGAGGACUCUUGCGGGGAACUGGAGUUCAAGGACGAUGAAACUGUAAAAUCGCUUCACGUGAAGAUUGUGGACGUCGAAGAAUAUGAGAAAAAAGACAGUUUCUUCAUUGAACUGGGCCAACCCCGUUGGUUGAAAAGAGGAAUCUCUGCUCUCCUGCUCCAUCAAGCCGACGGUGACAAGAAACUCUCCGCCGAGGAGGAGGAGGCCUGGCGGAUUGCGGAGAUGGGCAAACCCAUCCUGGGCGAGAACUCCCGCCUGGAGGUCAUCAUCGAAGAGUCCUAUGAUUUCAAGAACACAGUGGACAAACUCAUCAAGAAGACCAAUUUGGCGCUGGUGAUCGGCACACACUCCUGGCGGGAGCAGUUCCUGGAGGCCAUCACUGUGAGUGCAGGUGUCGAAGAUGAGGAUGAAGACGGGAGGGAGGAGAGGCUGCCAUCUUGCUUCGACUACGUCAUGCAUUUCCUGACCGUCUUCUGGAAGGUUCUCUUCGCCUGCGUGCCGCCCACCGAGUACUGGAACGGCUGGGCCUGCUUCAGUGUUAGCAUCCUGGUCAUCGGCAUGCUGACCGCCCUGAUCGGCGACCUGGCCUCCCACUUCGGCUGCACCGUGGGGCUCAAGGACUCUGUGAACGCGGUCGUCUUUGUGGCCUUGGGCACCUCCAUCCCAGAUACCUUUGCCAGCAAAGUGGCCGCCUUGCAGGACCAGUGCGCGGAUGCGUCUAUCGGCAACGUGACGGGCAGCAACGCAGUCAACGUCUUCCUGGGCUUGGGGGUGGCCUGGUCCGUGGCGGCCAUCUACUGGGCUUUCCAAGGCAAAAACUUUGAGGUGCAGACGGGCACCCUGGCUUUCUCCGUCACCCUCUUCACCAUCUUUGCCUUCGUUUGUAUCAGCGUCCUCAUGUACCGCCGCCGGCCGCCCAUAGGGGGAGAGCUGGGGGGUCCCCAAACCGCCAAAAUCCUGACCACCUGCCUCUUCGUGGGCCUCUGGCUGAUCUACAUCCUCUUUGCCGGCCUGGAGGCCUACUGCCACAUCAAGGGCUUCUGAAGGACGCCCCCCCCCUCCCCAUCUAAGAUGGAAGAUGGAUCUCGACGGAAGACGUCCUUCUACACGCCUGUCCGUUUUGACCGACGACAUUUUCAGGCAUCUUCUGAUGGUUGGGCAACUCUUGUUCUCCAACUGGGAGAACUUCUUCUUCCUUCUUGCUUGCCUCUAGCAAGGGACUCUGGUCCGUUCCAAUCUCGGGGUCUCUCCCGCUCACUGAGACUAGGGGUGCAAACCCAGAGGAUUGAAGCAGGCACCUGUGUUAAACCCCCUGCCCCCAUUGCUACACGAUCCUUCGACCCUCCCAAGGAACCUCGUUGUGCUUCUCCUAAAGUGUCUUCCUGUGGCUGUAUCGUUUUCUUCAAGCUGGUACCCUCGGCCUGGAUCCAGCACACGCGCCUACGGAAGGAAUUGGAAACAGAUCUUUCUCUUAACUCUCUUUUUGAGGCCGGUGUGGCUCAUAAAACUCGGGAGGAAGACAGGUUGAAGGAGAUCUGCGUCCGAAGCAAAAUAAGAUGUGUUACGACAUCUCUCCUGCCUCUGAACACUUUCUUAGGGUCUAAAGCUGGAGUGAAAUCAGAUCUGGAGAAGAUGGACCAGUUGUAUCUGUCUCAAUUCGUAGGGACAACAAAGGGAGAUGUAUUUGGCCUCAAUACAAGCCCCUUCCCCAGUUCCGAUCCUGAGGGCAGGAAAACAGAGAGUCAGUUGCGGGAUCUUGCUGGGUUUAUGGGUACUGGGAAAUACGCUUCUGUGGAAGUUACAGCUUUCCAGUCUUCUGCUCUGUUGGACAAAGGGGUUCAAGAAACCAUGUUCCUCCUUGGUCCCCAUGUUCCUGGGAAGAUUGCACACACACCCCUCGGUUGAUGUACCCCGUGUAAGACGGGGUGCUUUCUUCUGCUCCUCUAUUUAUGUCCACUUCCUCGAAGACUCCUUCCUUUCUCCCUAGAAGCCAAUGACCCAUAGCUGGAUGGCAUGUUGGACCAACGGCAGCGAAGAUGGCAGCUGGGAUGAGUGAAUCUUUGCUCGGGUUCUCACACCCUCAUGGCCUGAUGCAGGGGUGGGGUUGUGAUCCCAUUGUUGUCUAAUGCUAUCAGCGUAAUGUGGGGGUCUAGUAAGGUCUAAGCAGGGAUUUCCAUGCAUUAGAAAUGCUAGAACCGGACUUGGAAUGAACCGUGGUGGAUUUCUGCCAAGGUGGGACGUGAAUGCACCUGAAUGGAGCCAGAAUUUCAGGAGUGCCAUCUGGAGCAACAUCUGUCCACCUCUCCAGCCUGUGUGGUCCAGUGUUCGUAGAUUUCUUUUCCUGGGUCAACAUUUGCCUUGGACCAAACGUUGAACCUAGGUGUACAUUUAGGUCAACUCCUUUGCACACUGAUGCCGUUUAGAGGUAGGGCCGCUUGCAUGCCAAUAGGAGACAGAAGAACCUGGAAGUCAAGCUUUUAGAGAUGUUCUGAGGAUGGGAGAAGAGGACGACAUUUCGUUCGUCUUGAAACCAAUAGCGGGAGAGCUUGAUUUGUGAGGUUGGAGCUUGGAGGAUUGAGUAGAAGGUAUCACCACCCCCAGCUUUUCUAGGCAGAAGUUAGAUGAGGUGAAAAACGAAGCUUUGUUCAGGACCAUGGACAACUCUCUUUAGGCAUAACCAACCAAGCUAGAGUGCCUACUACAGGGGUCGGCAACCUUAAACACUCAAAGAGCCACAAAGGUCCUAACCGGUAACCCACCGUUCAAUUUUGGAGCUGACCGGAAGUCCGGUUCCCCCACCAUAGAGUCUCCUCCUAGCCUGGCGUCCACCAUAGAGUCUCCUCCUAGCCUGGCGUCCUUUUUCCUCUACCUGUCCUAACCAAAAGCCCUAUCAAUUGUGGAGCCGCAGCAGAGGGAUGAAAGAGCCACAUGCGGCUCCAGAGCUGCGGGUUGCCGACCCCUGUCCUAGUACAACUUCUGCAAUUCAUCCUUGGCUUUGCUUCUCUAGAAGACUUGGUUGAGGUCCUUCAGAGGCCCCAAUUCUGCCUUUGUUGACUUCUGCAGAUUAAAGGGAACAGAGGCAUUGGGGAGGGGGGGGGCAGACAGAUGGAUCUUCUGAGUCAGAGGUCUAUUCAGGUCUUCUAGGAGGGAUGGUCCAAGAGCAGAUUUCUGAUUACAGCACUCGAUUAUCUUCAGGGUUUGGUAGGUCAGAGAGCCAGAAAUUUAAGGCCAUUGUGGCUCAACUUUUGCAAUUUGAAGUUGUCUGAACUUCAACUCCCAGAAUCCCCCAGCCAGCCCUGCUCUAAGUUAUGGGCACAUGUGAGGUGUGGGGUUUUUUUCUCUCUCUCUCUCGUGGGGAAAAAACAAGAGAGAGAAAAUUUUUCCGUUUGUAAUAAUAUUUUUCUAGGGUGAUGGAAACCGUCCUUCUAAAGAUGAAUGCUGAAAGGAGAUGGAGGAAGAGGAGGCAGCAGAAGAAGUGGAAUUUCUAGAACCAUGUUUUUCCACCUCAUCGACUUCAAGAUAUGUGGACUUCAAUUCCUGGAAUUCUUGAAGUCCACAAAUUUUGAAGUGGCCAAGUUAGAGAAACUUAAGAAUUUGCUUCAAGCGAAUUGUCCUGUGGGACGAUCGUUUAGUGACGAAAGCUUCAUUGACCUGUUUUCCGAAGUAAGACCUUUCUCUUUUGUACCCGUGCCACGGGCACUGUGUGCACGCACAAAUGCAUCAGAGCUUAUACUAUAAUAGCACAAGGGAGCUUAUUUGAUUUGGGUGAUCAGGGCAUCAGAUCCAGUAUGGAGGUCCCUGGUUCCAAUUUCUCGAAAUCUCUGCCAUUGCACACGCAUUCAAGGUAUAAACCUUCGCUCGUCCGACAGCCCCGUUGUUGCCUCCGUGCCAAGCGUGGGAAUAAUCCAGGUUUGAUCAGAGAAACAGUCCAUAAUGCCCCUUCCAAACAGGUCUAAAAGGCCGUAUCCUUUCCUUCCAGGGAGGACAAGGCUGAAACACGAAACAGGGUAGCUGUGCAAAGAAAGGACAGUAUUCCAACAACGAUGGAGGAAGGUGAACGAGAGGCUAGCAAGAUAGCCAGUUUGGUGUAGUGGUUAAGGUGCUGGCCAAUCACCAGGAGGCUGUGAGUUCUAGUCUCGCCUUAGGCACAAGAUCUGGCUGAGUCACUUUGGACCAAUCUCCAGGUGCUGGUGGAGUUCUAGUCCCACUUUGGGUAAGAAAGCUGACUCGGUGACUUUGGGUCAGUCACCAGGUGAUGGGGAGUUCUAGUCCUGCCUUAGACACGAAAGCCAGCUGGGUGAUAUUGAGCCGAACACCAGGCGAUUGUGAGUUCUAAUUUCAUUUUAGGCACGAAAUCCAGCCGAGUGACUUUGGGCCAGUCACCAGGUGACGGUGAAUUCUAGUGUCCCCUUAGCCAUGGAAGCCGGCUGGGUGACGUUGGGCCAAUCCCUUUUUUUCAGCCCUAUUUCAGUGGAAAAUAGGAGGAGGAAAGAGCAUUCUAUCUAUUCGCUGCCUUGAGUUACUUAUAAAAGCGGGGUAGAAAAAAAAAUCUAAAUUUUUCUGAAUGAGAAAGGGAAGGAUAAAAGGUUGACGGCUUGCAGAUUUAAUGUCCCUUUGGGCCGCUCAAUUCAGCCUCUCUGAAAAAUGGCCAAAUGUAGAAACUGGCCUGCUUUCACUCUUCUGUCUCGAAUGCUUGCUUGUUGUUUCUUUUUUUUUUUAAAAAAAAUGGGGGGGUACUGAGAAAAGCCAUGGAUGCCCCUCACAUCUGCACUAGACAGAGAAGAGCCAUCCCACUGAAUUUCCCAAGAAUUCUUUGCACAAUGACCUGCGUGCGAAAUCCUUCGGCCAGUCGUGCUGUUGCACAUUCACUCGCUCGCUGGUGGGAUCGAUGUCGGCUUCAGUGGUGAGUUGCUCCCGGUUCGCACCGGUUCGCAAGAACCGGUAGUAAAAAUUUGUAGUAGUUCGGAGAACCGGUAAUAACAUUGGCUGGCCACGCCCCCAAACCGGUCCCCAGCCCGUUCGACGCUCGCUUACCCCACCCACCUCAUCAAGAGGCUUUUUUUCUUUUUUUUUUACUUUUAAAAGCAUUUUUUUCUACAACCUCUUUGGCUGAAAAAAUGCUUUUAAAAGUUAAAAAAAAAAAGCCUCUGAUGAUCGCGGGGCUCAGCUGGGAUCGUCAGAGGCUUUUAAAAGCAUUUUUUCCUACAACCUCUUCGGCCGAAAAAAUGCUUUUAAAUUUUUUUUUUAAAAAAAAUAGCCUCUGAUGAUCGCGCGGCUCACCUGGGAUCGUCCGAGGCUUCUAAAAGCAUUUUUUUCUGCAACCUCUUCUGCCGAAGAGAUUGUAGGGAAAAAAAUGCCUUUAAAAGCCUCUGACGAUCCCAGCUGAGUGGCCUGAUCGUCAGAGGCUUUUAAAAGCAUUUUUUUUCUGCAACCUCUUAAGGUUGUAGAAAAAAUGCUUUUAAAAGUAUAUAUAUAUACAUAUAUAUAUAUAUAUAUAUACAUAUAUAUAUAUAUAUAUGUAUAUAUAUAUAUAAAGUUGGCCACGCCCACCCAGUCACAUUACCCCACCACCAAGCCACGCCCACAAAAUAAGCCAUGCCCACAGAACCGAUAGUAAAAAAAUUUAGAACGCACCCCUGGUCGGCUUGUCUCCACCCAACCAGCAUUUCUCUCCCCUUUUUCAUUUUCCAAGCACAGGUUGGCCUGGCUUCCGAGCGCUUUCCAAGCAAGGCUGUACAACACGGAUUUUUUUUGGUUUUUUUUUUUUAAAGAAUCAGGUGGACAUUGUUUAUUUUUUCCUUCCCAAAGUUCCACCUGGUUUUUCCUUCUCGACGCAAAUUAUGGGAAUGACGCUCUAGAGCGGUUGAGGAAGCUGAGGGUAGAGGGAAGGUCAUAGAACAUGUUAAACAGCAAGGGAGAAAUACCGUUUGUCUGACAUGGGAUAGGGUUUCCUCCCAGCAAAGGGGGUUGGACUAGAAGACCUCUAAGGUCCCUUCCAACUCUGUUCUUCCGUUAAAGUGAUGGGAUAUCCAGGCAGUGUUCUUCAUAACGAGUUUUCUUAACGCUUCUUCCGUUUCGACAGAAAAGACCUUAUAAUGGAUGAAAAGUUUGUAGAGUUUUUGGUUUAGCAUCCCCAGGGGCAAAAAAAGAGGCGGGGGGGGAACCCUUUACAGUUGUCUUUUUCUUUCUUUCUUUUCUAAUUUUCUGGCUCUUUCUUUUUCAUUUUUUUUUUUAAAAAAAAUUGGGUUUCUGCAAGCAUUAUGUGUGUGUGUGGGUGUACAGAUUGCCAUAAACUGUUGCAUUCUCUUGCCUUUUGUUCUGCAAACACUAAAAGAGUUUUCUUUUAAAAAUAAAAGUAUGUUGGUUUUUAAAAGCUUGCAUGAUCUCCUCCCGGGGAAAAAGAACAGCUUUAUGAAUACAAUUAAUUUUGGAAGGAUGAACUGAACAGAUGAGGUGUUAAAUCAGUGUUUCUCAACCUUGGAAGCUUGAAGAUGGGUAGACUUCAACUCCCAGAAUCCCCCAGCCAGCAGAGCUGGCUGGAGGAUUCUGGGAGUUGAAGUCCACCCAUCAUCAAGCUACCAAGGUUGAGAAACAUUGUGUUAAAUGAAUGCGAUGAUGUUCAAGAUAAAUUUCUGAUUUUCUUUGCUUUGCUUUACGAUUAGUGCCUCUGUGGGUAAAAUUCUCUGGCAUUUUCCGGUAGUCCUCGACUUACGAUAAUUGGGACCAGAAUUUCCAUCGUUAGGCAAGGCAGUUGUUAAGUGAAAUAUGGACAAUUUCACGAUCUUUUUUUUUUGCCAUGCUUGUUAAAUGAAUUUUACAGUCGUUAAGUGAAUCCAGCUUCCUCCAUGGACUUCCUUGUUGCAAAGCUAGCCCGGGAAGGUUGCCGGUGGCCAUCCCAUCAUCCGAGGACAGUGUGCAACAGUCGUAAGUCCAUGCCAGUUGUUGCCAAGUGGCCGAAUCAUUUGAUCAUGGGUCCAAUUGGGAAGCGAAGGUGCGUCUUGCGUUUGUUCAAUACUGUUGUAACUUUGACCUGUUCACUAAAGGAACGGUUGUAAGUCGAGGACUCCCUGGUCUACGUAUAUUAGGGUCCUGUGCAUCGGAUAUUUUGCGAUGGGAACUUCAGAAUAUAAUAUUAUGCACACUUCAAAAUGGUUUAAAAAUAUCGUUUUGGGAUAGAGCGCCGGGGUGAGGCCUGAUGACAAAUUUUUGCCGAUGGACUCAAUGGAACUGAAAAAUAAAUUUCAGCACCAUG